GGCUGCGGGCGGCGGGCGGAGGAUUGCGCGGGCGCGGCACCUGGCGGGCCCCGAGUGUCUGGCUGCCGCAACGCCGGACUGCCCCGAUUCCGACCGGCUGCCAAGAUGAGCGCAGUGUCACAGCCUCAGGCUGCUCACAGCCCCCUGGAGAAGCCACCCAGCUCGGCCCCACCCAGCUCGGCGAUCCUGUGCAACACAUGUGGCAAUGUGUGCAAGGGGGAGGUGCUGCGUGUGCAGAGCAAGUACUUCCACAUCAAGUGCUUCGUCUGCAAGGCUUGCGGCUGCGACCUGGCCGAGGGUGGCUUCUUCGUGCGGCAGGGCGAGUACAUCUGCACCCAGGACUAUCAGCGGCUCUACGGCACCCGCUGCUUCAGCUGUGACCGGUUCAUCGAGGGCGAGGUGGUGUCCGCACUAGGCAAGACCUACCACCCCGACUGCUUCGUGUGUGCAGUCUGCCGGCUGCCUUUUCCACCCGGGGACCGAGUGACCUUCAACGGGAAGGAGUGUAUGUGCCAGAAGUGCUCCCUGCCCACGUCGGUGGGCAGCAGUGCACACCUGUCCCAGGGCCUCCGGAGUUGCGGUGGCUGUGGCACCGAGAUCAAAAAUGGUCAGGCCCUGGUGGCUUUGGACAAGCACUGGCAUUUGGGCUGUUUCAAGUGCAAGAGCUGUGGGAAGCUCCUCAAUGCCGAAUACAUCAGCAAGGAUGGGCUGCCCUACUGCGAAGCUGACUAUCACACCAAGUUUGGCAUCCGCUGCGAGGGUUGUGAGAAGUACAUCACGGGGCGGGUGCUGGAGGCAGGGGAGAAACACUAUCACCCUUCCUGCGCACUAUGUGUCAGGUGUGGCCAGAUGUUCGCAGAAGGAGAAGAGAUGUAUCUUCAAGGUUCUUCCAUCUGGCAUCCGGCCUGCCGAGAAGCCGCCAGAACUGAAGACAAAAACAAGGAAACCAGAACUUCCUCAGAGAGCAUCAUUUCUGUACCUGCUUCCAGCACCUCAGGGUCUCCGAGCCGCGUGAUUUAUGCAAAGCUUGGCAGUGAGAUCCUUGACUACAGGGACUUGGCUGCCCUUCCUAAAAACAAGGCCAUCUAUGACAUCGACCGCCCCGACAUGAUCUCCUAUUCACCCUACAUCAGCCACUCCGUGGGGGACAGGCAGAGCUGCGGUGAGUCACCUCAGUUGCUCUCGCCAACGCCGACUGAGGGGGACCAGGAUGACCGCUCCUACAAGCAGUGCCGGACCUCCAGCCCCAGCUCCACUGGCUCCGUCAGCCUUGGGCGCUACACCCCGACUUCGCGCUCACCUCAGCACUACAGCCGCCCAGCUGGUACUGUGAGUGUUGGUACCAGUAGCUGCCUCUCCCUGUCCCAACACCCAAGCCCUACAUCCGUGUUCAGACAUCAUUACAUCCCCUACUUCCGAGGCAGUGAAAGUGGCCGGAGCACCCCCAGCCUCUCGGUGCUGUCAGACAGCAAGCCUCCUUCCUCCACCUACCAGCAGGCGCCUCGACACUUCCAUAUCCCAGACACUGGCGUAAAAGAUAACAUCUAUAGGAAACCCCCUAUCUACAAACAGCAUGGUCCUGUAGCCCAAUACCAAAUUUCCAAGCUCUCUGGCCUGGUAUCAGUCUUAUCCUUGGUGGUGCAGGAGGCAGGGUGCUCCAAAAGACUGCCAGGUCUGAGCCCGCCGCAGGCCACAGCCACGAGGCGAUUGGAGGGGGAGGAUGGAAGUUUCGACCAGGAUAACAGGAAGCAGAAGACCAGCUGGCUGAUUCUCAAGGGGGACGCAGACACCAGGACCAACUCUCCAGAGCUGGACAGCCAGUCUUUAUCCCACAGCAGCGGGACUGACAGAGAGCUCCCCCAAAGAGGGCCAGGGGACAGCUUUCAUUCACAGACACCUAUCACCAGAGGAAUUCCAGGAAGUGUUUGGGAUGAGCAUGGAAGAGUUCGACCGUCUGGCCCUCUGGAAAAGGAACGACCUCAAGAAGAAGGCCCUGCUGUUUUGACAGUCGCCAGCCUGCCUCACCACGCACGUAGAGAACGGAGACAGGGACCCCCGGCAUAACCACGCAAACUUCCCCCCCGCUGCACCUUGCUCAGGCUUCUCCGUGUCAAUGGGGCGGGCGGUGAGCGCCUGAGGGGGCUGUGCCAGGGGCCUCGGGAUGGGAGGGGCCCCUGGUAUGUGGAGCUCAUUUCUGCCCGUGUCUCUCCUGCCAUAGCUCAAGGCUGAGAUGGCAAGCGUCACACCACCCUCCCCACUGUGGCUUGGUGUCAGGGCAUUGCCUCAGAGUAGCUGUCACCAGGGAUCAGAUGGAACAUGCCAACAGCCCAGCUUCUUAGUGUCCUUGAGGUGCCCCAGCCUUGGUGCCAGGCCUGUGGAGUACAGGGGUGGCCAGGACAUGCACUGUGAUUAUGGGCACCAAUACCACCUUGAGGGGGCAUGUGGCUCCUCAGAGCAGGGCAGGCCAGCUAUGCAGGUGCACUCACAGGCCCCGUAGGGAGAGGGGUGCUGCCACCUGGGCAGUGCCAAGCUCUGAUGGGUCUCUCUAGGGACAAACGUCAACCUGAUCGGGCACCUCCUGCCAGCAUACCCUCUGUGCACUGCAUUCUUCCAAACUGCCCCUAGAUGCCUACAUGAUAACUUUAAAUUAACAUAGAAAUUUUUAUUUUAUUAAAAAGCAUAGCCUACUUAAAUGUGAGAUGGCAUAUAUGAAAAGUUUAAUUUCUUGGGCCCUCUGAAGGGGGCGCUUCCAGCCUUAUUCUUCCUUCACCGCUCAGCGCUGUGUGGUUUCUGUCUGUUCCUGGGGUGGUCCUCAUAGAGAGGACUCUUUGUCUUCUAGUCUUUUUUUCCUCCAUGUCAUGCAGGGGUAACCUUACAGACCCCUCUAAAUACUGCUGUUUGUAUAUACGUGUGAUGUGUAGCCACCACUGUUUCCCUUGCUGUCAUUUUUCCAAGUCUGGGAGAGAAAACAUCCUCCUCCGAUGGCCAAAGCCCUGGAAUAAAGGAUUUCCAUGCACCCAGCCUCCUGCCCGAUGUAGCUUUGGUAUAGCGUUUGUGCUGUAACCAGUUGUGUGUCAUCUGAAACACAAACCUGCCUAUGUCACAGGGACCGUGCACUCACGCAUGUCACUGACAUGGACACCACACGCUCCUGGGGAGAGAAAGGCAGAGAUCUGCCCUCUUCUUGUCUUCAAGGCCAGCGGGGCAUCCGCAUGGCAGAGGCAGUGGGCUCCCCAGGGGAAAGGCACACAAGUCUGUGAGACGUGUGGGGCAGAGUCAGUACCUGCACCCCACGACGCUGACGUGCUCACUGUCCUCAGUGGGUGUUGCUUCUUUGUGCUCCUAGAUGUCCCCAGGAGUGUGAGUCGGACUUACUCAGCUUCCUCAGAGCCCCUAAUGCACCAAGUCCCUUUUGCACUCGGCUUCUCACCCUCCUGGCUUGGCCAGGAAGGGGGAAUUUUUAGCACCUAAUAUGCUUCCUGCCAUUUAGCAAUCUGAGCCUGAGCAACUGGAAACCCCCAUUUCCUCAUUAGUGCAAUGUCAUGUCUGAUGUCAGGAAGCCUGGAACAAUAAAAGGCAAUGCGGUAUAACCUGUGAGAGCACA